AUGGCUACCACAUUUCCCGAUGAGAUUGCGCCCUCGCCUGAGGCCAUCUCCCCCGUGAGCCCAACGUCGUCGACGGGCCAGAUCCCUCUAGAGCGCCCUCCAAAACUCAAGGGGCGACACAAGUUACUGCAAAAUCUCCAGCGCAUGUCGUCCAGUCCCAGCUUAACCAGACGCAAUCGAUCAGCCUCCGCCGGGUAUCGUCGAGAUGGGAAGGCCUCUCUGUCUUGCGUCUCGCUUGGCCAGUCAGCAUACAACCCCUGUCUCGGCAAUGGAAGUUCGUCGCAGCUCUAUGGGGGCUUGGGUGUCCGUCCGGUAACUCCGGCGUCACCGGGGGAGUACCACGAUGGAAACGCUCGGAUACGGCUGGUUGGGAGCGAUUCUCCAAACGGUUCCAACACGAAGACGAUCCCUUUGCCGACCGAACUGCGGCCGGGAUCCCGUGGAUCACCAUUGGAAAAGGACACAGCCGAAGAGAGCGUUGCUACCCCAGCACCCAAGCCAACCUUCGACUUCUGGGGCGGCAUGCCUAAUGAGAUCCAAAUGAACAUCUUCCGCCACCUGAGCCCGAAAGAGAUCAUUCGCUGUUCCAUCGUGUCCAAGGCUUGGAACAAGAUGUGCUACGAUGGACAACUGUGGUCGUGUAUCGACACCACAGACUAUUAUCGCGAGAUCCCUAGUGAUAGUCUUGUAAAGAUCAUUACAUCUGGUGGCCCAUUUGUUCGUGACCUGAGCCUCAGAGGCUGCAUUCAACUUCGAGAUAAGUGGGCCAGCGAGGGCGAACGCAUUACAGACUUGUGUCGCAACGUCGUCAACUUCUCCCUCGAAGGAUGUCGCAUCGACAAAACCUCGAUGCAUUGUUUCCUCCUACGAAACCCCCGUCUUGAGGUCAUCAAUGUGUCCGGUUUACCUACUGUGACCAAUUCAGCUAUGAAAAUCAUCGCUCAAGCGUGCCCUCAGCUCGAGACUCUGAAUGUGUCAUGGUGCGCUGGUGUCACUACCGGUGGACUCAAGAGGGUUGUUCAGGCUUGCCCAAAACUGAAGGACCUUCGGGUCAGCGAGAUACAUGGCUUUGAUGACGAGGAGUUUAUGGUCGAAUUGUUCAAGAAAAACACCUUGGAGCGAUUGAUUGUGAGUCGCACCGAUUUGACGGAUGACAGCCUCAAGCUUCUCAUUCACGGCGUCGAUCCGGAGAUAGACUUGCUGACGGAUCGACCCAUUGUCCCUCCUCGGCGCCUCAAACACCUAGAUCUACAUCAAUGCACCGAGCUCACCGACGUUGGAGUGAAGAGUCUCGCACACAAUGUCCCCGAACUCGAGGGUUUGCAGCUAUCUCAGUGUCCCGAAUUGAGCGAUGCUGCUGUCAUUCAUGUCAUCCGCACCACUCCCUUGUUGACUCAUCUGGAGCUUGAAGAUCUGGAGCGGCUUACCAAUAACAGUCUCGUGGAGCUUGCCAACUCUCCCUGUGCCGAGCGCCUUCAGCAUCUUAACAUUAGCUAUUGCGAGAGCUUGGGAGAUCUUGGAAUGCUUCAGGUCAUGAAGACCUGCUCAUCCCUCCGCUCUGUUGAGAUGGACAACACUCGAGUGUCAGAUCUCACUCUGAUGGAGGCCAGUUUCCGCGUGCGGAAGCGAGGCUAUGAUGAAAAUCUACCGCAGAUUGGCUUGCGCUUAGUGGUUUUCGACUGUGCCAAUGUUACUUGGGCGGGAGUCAAGGAGGUGCUCUCGAGCAAUGCAUAUCUCCCGCGCUCUCGCAGGGUCAACUCCGCUAAGCCGAUGGUGAUGCAGCAGAUUGAUGAGAGCGAGUCGCCAGACUCACCAACCAUGAUUCCUUCCUCGAUCACCCCACCGCCACCGCCUUCAAUAUACCCCAACGAAAUAAUUCACCUCAAAUGCUUUUACGGCUGGCAAAUGACGGUGGAUGAACACAACAAGCGAGUAUUGCGCGGAGACCUCGCUGCUGCAAACAGACUCGACAGGAAGUGGGCAGACUACAUGAUGGCAACCGAAGAAGCAGGCGUGGGUGGUGCCGGUGCCCGGCGCAGACGUCGCCGAGCUCGUGAGGCCGAGAGGCUAUACAAUGCGGACGAUGACGAAGAUACAUAUGGCAUCUCUGUGCUGGGAGGCAGGCGCAGAAGAGCGCAUAGUGGCGGAUGCAGCGUAUCAUCGCGGUUCUGGAAACCCUACACUUAUCCUGAUGCGAUGUCUUCCGUUUUCAAACGAAUGUCGAAAACGCACGCAGCAUAA